AUGUCAACUGAUACUAAAAAUCCGAAAGAUCUUAUGGAAUAUCGAUAUUUAGGUCGAACUGGUCUUCAAGUCAGUGUUUUAUCAUUUGGUGCUUGGGUAACAUUUGGUGAUCAAGUUGAUAUGAAUGAAGCUUAUAAUUGUAUGAAAAUAGCAUAUGAUCAUGGAUGUAAUUUUUUUGAUAAUGCAGAAGUAUAUGCAGCUGGUAAAGCUGAAACUGUUAUGGGACAAGUAUUAAAGAAAAUGUUUGAACAAGAUGGUAUUCAACGUUCUGAUUUAGUUAUUUCAACAAAAAUCUUUUGGGGUACACCAUAUUAUCAUCCACAAGCGAAUAAAAUUAAUUUAAAAGGUUUAUCACGUAAACAUUUAAUUGAAGGAAUAAAAGGAAGUUUAAAAAGACUUGAACUUGAUUAUGUUGAUAUUGUUUUUGCUCAUCGUCCUGAUGUCCAUACACCAAUGGAUGAAAUUGUUCGAGGAUUUAAUUGGAUUAUUGAUAAAGGUUAUGCUUUCUAUUGGGGAACAUCGGAAUGGUCAGCAGAACAAAUUCGACAUGCAUGUGAAGUAGCUGAGAAACUUAAUUUAAUUGGUCCAUGUGCUGAACAACCACAAUAUAAUAUGUUACAUCGUACAAGAUUUGAAGUUGAAUAUGCACCUCUUUAUGAAUCACCAAUUAAAUAUGGUACAACUAUUUGGUCACCAUUAGCAUCAGGUCUUCUGAGUGGAAAAUAUAAUAGUAAACAAUUAGAAGGUAGUGACACUCGAUUAGGCUCAAAGACAGGUAAUUCACAAUGGCUUAGAGAAUCACUUCAAUCUGGUGAAGGUAUGAAUGGACUUGAAGAGAAAAAUGUUGAUCGUAUUAUGGAAAUAAUUGACAAUUUAAAACCAAUUGCUGAUAAACUACAAGUAACAUUAGCUCAAUUAGCACUUGCUUGGGCAGCAAAAAAUCCAAAUGUAAGCACAGUUAUUACAGGUGCAAGUCGUUCAAGUCAAGUAACAGAAAAUUUUAAAUCAUUAGCUAUACUUCCUAAAUUAACACCAAAUGUUAUGGAAGAAAUUGAAAAAGUUUUACAAAAUAAACCAAAACAACCAAUAGAUUGGAUAUCAAGAAAUUAA